AUGGCCGACUGGCGCUCCGAAUACCUAGCCUCCAUCAGGGAGCAAGAGAAGAACAACCCCGUAAACCUCGAAAUCGUACAACUCUGCUCCCAGCUCUCCGACCACGUAGCAGCCCUUGAAGCCGAAAACCAAGUCCUCAAAUCCAAAACCGCGCCCGAGAAGAAGAGCAAACUCACCACCUCCGAGAAAUCAAACAACAUACCACCUUCUCCGACAACAGGAACGGCAAGAACCUCCUCCCCCGACCCGACCAUCGCACAGCUCCAGCUCCAACUCGCCGAAGCCCUCCGCUCAAACGGAACCCUCAAAGACCGCGCAAAGCAGGCCGAAGACGAGGCCCAGACGCUACGAACAAAACACAAAGACGACGCGAAGAAAGUCCGCAGCCUGACGGCGGAGAAUGCGGCCCUGACGACGAAACUACGGGAUCGGGAACACGAGCUGCGGGAGAAGCGCAAGCUGGUCGAGAACGUACAAGACGACAUGAUCACGAUAAACCUGCAAAUGUCCAUGGCCGAGCAGGAACGGGACAGGGUCAAGAAGGAGAAUAAGGAGCUCGUCGACCGGUGGAUGAAGAGAAUGGCCCAGGAGGCCGAUGCUAUGAAUCUCGCAAACGAGCGCUGA